UGCGUACAAACGAAGCAUCGACGGUAGUUGUGAAACGUUUGUCCGAUUUCUCGUUGCUUUUAGGUUAUAUAAACUUCAAGAAUGCCGUAUGCUAACCAGCCGACAGUUAAAAUAACAGAGCUGACGGAUGAAAAUGUGAAAUUUGUCAUAGAAAACACAGAUUUGGCGGUUGCAAAUUCUCUCCGUCGUGUCUUCAUGUCAGAGGUUCCCACAAUAGCAAUUGACUGGAUCCAGAUUGAUGCUAAUUCAUCUGUACUGCAUGACGAGUUCAUCGCCCACAGAGUCGGACUCAUUCCCCUCACCAGCGACGAGAUCGUGGAUAAAAUGCAGUACUCCAGAGACUGUACCUGUGAGGACUUCUGUCCUGAGUGCUCUGUGGAGCUGACGCUGGACGUCCGGUGCACCGAGGAUCAGACGCGUCACGUCACAUCACGCGAUCUGUUGUCCAACAACCCGAGAGUCAUCCCGGUGACCUCCAGGAGUCGAGACAAUGAUCCAAACGACUACGUCGAGCAAGAUGACAUUUUGCUGGUGAAGCUUCGUAAAGGCCAGGAGCUCCGGCUCAGAGCUUAUGCAAAGAAAGGUUUUGGUAAAGAGCACGCCAAGUGGAACCCAACAGCGGGGGUGUCCUUCGAGUACGACCCAGACAACGCUCUGAGACACACAGUCUAUCCACGACCUGAGGAAUGGCCAAAGAGUGAAUACACAGAGAUCGAGGAGGAUGAAGUUCAGGCCCCCUACGACCCAAAUGGAAAACCAGAAAGGUUCUAUUUCAACGUGGAGUCGUGCGGCUCUCUCCGACCGGAGACCAUCGUCAUGUCGGCAUUGGCGGUCCUCAAGAAGAAGCUGAGCGACCUGCAGACCCAGCUGAGCCACGAGAUCCAGAGUGACGUUCUCACCAUCAACUAAUGGAACACAGCACAACUCUGUUGAGGAGACGUCAGUGGUCUCAGGCUCACUGUUCAGGUUGAGCUGCUCCCUCCCUGCUGGCUGUACUCAGAUCUGUUAUCAUUUUCCUCAUCCACAGUUUUCAGUCUCAUCACCAGAGCUGUGAAGUUAUAUCAGUGAUUAUUGCAACAAAAGCUGAAAAUAUUAUGCAGGGUUACUGUUUCAGCAGGAGUUCCUGUAGCAUUGAUAUAAAAAUGUGUUAUUGAAGUUAGGUUCAUAUACUUCACUGUUAAAUAUAUUUUCAUCUGUCCUUUUUUAAUAAAUCCUUUAGAAGUUUUUUUUUUUUGUUUUAAUUUUUCUCAGCAGAUUAUAAGACUUUUUUUGCCUAAAUGUUGCAUGAACUGAACUAAGGGAUUUUAUUACAAAAUAAAAACU